AUUGGUCGAGAACUCAGUGCACACAUUCUGAUCUGAGAGAAAGAAAGACUGCUGGACACCGGCGGAUGAGAGGAGGAGAGCGGUCCAAAACAACUGUCUGGAAGGAAAGAUACGAAGAAACAUGGAGUCUAACAAGAAGCGAACGUUUCCUGACUUUUCUGGAUCAUGGAAAAUUACAAGUUCCGACAAUUUCGAGGAACUUUUAAAAGCUAUCGGAAUAAAUGCCUUUCUACGCAAGAUUGCAGUUGCAGCAGCUUCCAAACCAGCUGUUGAGAUUACACAGCAGGGGGAACGUCUCUCCAUUCAGACCUCCACGAGUGUACGCACCACUCAUGUGUCCUUCACGGUGGGCAAGGCCUUCAACGAGACUACAGUGGAUGGACGCCUAUGCACAAGUUAUCCAGAAUGGGAGACAGACCGUAAAAUCACUUGUGAGCAGAUACUGCACUGUGGGGAGGGCCCUAAGACAUCAUGGACACGUGAACUGACCAUUGAUGGCAAGAUGAUUCUCACCAUGAGAGUCGGAGAUGUCGUCUGCACCCGUGUGUAUGAACGAGACUGAAGGAUCUUUAGAUUUCAGUUAAUCUGGUUUAUCAUUGAGCAAGCCUAUUCCUUCCACAUUUGACAUGUGCCAGAGAAGGAGAGAUGUUUGAAGGCUCAGAGGUGGUACUUGUAGAAAGAUGGUAGCGAGUUUGCAUUGUUCUUUUGGGUGCAUUAACUGAGAAAUGUAUUAAUUAUUGGUGCUUGUGGAUUUUAUGUUGCAGUUUCAUGCCACAAUGGCUUAUCAAUCCAAAAUGUUUUAGGCAAUAAACCUUUAAUUUAUAAACUCCCAAAAAUCUCAUUAUUCACUGUUUUCCUCUUGCCUGGAUAUAGAAAUGUAUAUGACACUGUCCUUGGUUUCACUUUUACACUUAUUUUCUGACUCAUUCCUUUUCUUCAGAGCGCUCAUUGUAUCUGUUGAUUUCUGUCUGAUCCAACAACACUAUAAAUGUAAAUGUAUGAGUGUACAUCAGUUGUUGAAUUAUUUCCUGGCAAAGAGUAAUGGGAGAAUGAGGAAGGGGUAUGGAAAGAGUGAGCAAAUGUUAGAAAUCUUGUGCUUUAUUCUAAAUCUAGAGCACAGUAAAUGAUGCAAAAAGCUGCUGAUGAAAAGCAAAAAUAAGUUAAAACUCUUUCUACCACUCUUUAUUUCUUUCCUUUUUCUACAGACACACAUUUAUUUAACAUUAUUCAGAGACUGCUGUUCUUUCAGUCUGCUGCAGAUUAUUAAUUUUACAGGUUCCAGACAGCAGAGCUCACAGUGGACUUAUUCAAGAUUGCACAUCAUUUCAGUCUGCAUGCUGUGUUGUGUAUGUUUUCUACAAUACUCAAUGGUCCUGUUAAAAGUUUUAAGCUCAUACAACCCUUGAUGUCUUAAAACAAAGUGUAUAUGUGCUGCAGAGUACUGAGGUUGCCGUUAAAUUCUGGAAGAGGUUGAAAUAAAAUCCAUAAACCCUGCUUAACAUGA